GUCAGGCCCAUAAAGCUAACACAGAGAACCCGUGAAGACAAGGAGUUUUAGGGACAUUUUCGCAGCAGAAACUCGCCAUGUUGCGGGUGUGUGAGAAACUCCGUAAGGCGGACGAGAAGGGCAGGAGGUACGGACUAGCCCGGGCGGAGACAGGCUACCUCCGUGCCCUGGUGGACGCCAUGGCCGACACGGACAGGCUGGCGGAAGUGGAGCUGCUCAAAACUCUAGGCGACGUGAACGUGGAGAAGGGAAGACUCGGGAAGGACGUGGGGAAGUUCAACACAGCCUUGGCCCUUUAUCUGGCUGCUAUGGUACGGUGUUACCAUGAAGAACAGGCAGAUGGUAUAGAACACCGCUACCACUACAUGGAGAGGCUUUUACAAGGGGUGUCGUCACAGGGUAAGGAACAUCCAACUGAAGACAAGGAGACGACUACACCUGCAAAGGUAGCGGCAAAGUUUCAAGAUCUGGACAAGAGACGGGCUACUGGAGGUAACAGAGACUCUUUGCUGGUUGGAUACGCACAGAUGAUGGUAGAGGCGAUAAUAAACGACAACAGCAUGUUAGAAACAGAAGCGAUCAAGAGUCUGGGUGACGUGUACCAGAAAAGAGGAACAGAAACUGGAGACACUAGAAACUUGACCAGAGCUACUGCUCUGUACAACAGGGCACUGGCGCGGUGUCACAACGUUCAUGGAACAGUUGUCAUUGUUCACCGCUUACUGCACACCGCAAAAAUCAGGCAAGACAUCACCACAACAAGAAACAAGAGGUCAACACGUACGCAACGACAGAAAAAUGUAAGGGGACGGAAGGGCCACUUCUCUGCCUUCUCAGCUGCGUCCUCUAGCGACGGAAGCACCAGUCAAGUGGACGACAUGUUGGUGCCUCUUUCCUUAUCCUACCGCAGGUACAUCCAGACGGCAGACCGUGACGUGGAAAAUGGAGACCUGGACGCAGCAGAGCAGAACCUAGCAGCCGCCCUGAAGCUGGUUCAUGACCCAAGUAAACCCAAGAAGGCUAAAGAAGCCGACUGUCUGUGCAGGUUGGGUGACGUCUACGUCGAGCGAGGCAAGCGGACUGGAGAAGGUAGGAAAUUCACACAGGCGGCAGCUCUGUAUAACGCCUCCAUGGCCAGAACAGAUGGAGACAAACAAAACAUGGUAACGAAACUGCGAGAAACAGAAAGGCAGUUUCUCAGAAACACCUGUAACCUUGACUGCGAACCGUGUCCGUAUAGCAGCGCGUUAGAUCACAUAAAGGAACUGGACAACUCGCGCGCCUGUGCAAAAUCUCAGCUCGAAGCAAUUCAUCAGGAACACAACCCUUAUCAGUAUGAUGAAGACGAUCCCGUCGUGAGAGAGGUAGAGAUCAAACGAGCUGAAGCAAUCAAGAACUUGUUCAAGAGCAUCGCAGCUGGAAGACAAGAGUUUAUCCAAGUACUGACAGAUGAAUGCAUCGCCCAAAUCGGACCUCCUCCCUGUAAGUACGCUUUCAUUGGGUUGGGGUCACAGGCCACAGAACUGGUGACGCCGUACUCCGACCUGGAGUUCGCCAUUCUGAUUGAGGAGGGGAAGGAUGAUGAUGAUACACGGAGGUACUUCCUAAAUCUCACACACUACUUACAUCUAAAAGUCAUCAACCUUGGGGAAACCAUCCUCCCAGCCAUGGCAAUCCCGUCACUCAACGACUUUCUCUCAGAAGACCCAGAGAAAGACUGGUUCUACGACUCCGUCACACCUCGCGGCUUCGCCUUCGACGGCUUCAUGCCAUGGGCUUCUAAGACUCCGUUUGGAAGAGACGAGACCAAAAGCAAAUCUCCCGUUAGUCUCAUCCAGACUCCCUCCAAGUUGGCCGAAUAUCAGCAUCUGCACAUCGCCCUGGCGGAAGGCUAUCACCUGUCAGACAUCCUCAGACGGGUGACCUACUUGACAGGAGACGAGUCUUUGGUAGAUGAGUAUGCAGGCAUUGUCAAAAGAAGCGUCGACCGGUCUCCUGUAUUGUCACGUUUUUCAGCAAUGCUGACACUGAAGGAUAAUAUUGGGCAAAUAGAAAACGUUGAGCCAACUGGGCAGCUUCUGGAUGUAAAGAAGGAAAUCUACCGUUUUCCCAGCGUGGCCGUUGAUGUGUUGAGUAUUUGUUGUGGUAUAACGAUCCCCAGUGUGUGGGGAAUGAUAGAAGAGUUACACAAGACACAGCGGAUCAGUGACGAAGAUGCCCACCACUUGACUGUACUGAUCAGCAUCUCAGCGGAGCUACGGUUAAGAACGUACAUUGCCAACGGGGGACAGAAGGACAGACUGUCUCCUCUCACGGAGAUGAAAGUCCAACUGGACAAACAUGACAUAGAUGACACUUUUGUUCAGUCAGUUUUCUACAUACCGGACACUAAAAUGUUGUUCAGAUACUACUAUACUGCCAUUCCAUUUAAACGAUGCAUUACGUAUACAGUUGCAAAGAAAAAUCCGACGACAAAAAUGUUCCCAACAGCCAUCUUUGACACCACAUCUCUAACAAAGGGUCGAAUAUCACGACAGCUGUGGCAGUUAGACGCAUCCAGACGUCACCUGGAGGAAGCUCUGAAAGAUUCGGAUGGUGACGAGGAAAAACAGUUCGAAAUACUUUAUGAAAUAGGCAAUGUCUUGCACAUGCGUGGUGAUUAUGAGAAAGCCAUGAGCUACUACAAACGGGCACUUAGCAUUGGGAAUGCUAUCUAUGGAGGUAUAGAAAAACCUAUAAACCUUGCCUCGUUAUUUGGAAACAUUGGGACCUGUUGGAGUGACCUUGGUGAUCAGAGGAAAGCUAUCACUCAUCACGAACAGUCACUGAAGAUGAGAAAAGCUAUCUAUGGCGAAACAACGCCACAUCCCGACAUUGCCACAUCACUAAACAACAUUGGGAACUGUUGGGGAAAGUGUGGCGAUCAGAGAAAAGCUAUUAGUUAUCACGAACAGUCACUGAAGAUGAAAAAAGUUAUCUAUGGUGAAACGACGCCACAUCGCGACAUUGCUUCAUCAUUAAACAACAUUGGUACAUGUUGGAGGGACCUCGGCGAUCAGAGGAAAGCUAUCAGUUAUUACAAACAGUCACUGAAGAUAAUGAAAGCUAUUUAUGGCGAAACAACGCCACAUCCCGACAUUGCCUCAUCACUAAACAACACUGGGGUAUGUUGGAGUGACCUUGGCGAUCAGAGAAAAGCUAUCAGGUAUCACGAACAGUCACUGAAGAUCAAACAAGCUAUCCAUGGCGAAACAACAGCACAUCCCGGCAUUGCUGGAUCACUAAACAAUAUUGGGAACUGUUGGAUGAAACUUGGUGAUCAGAGGAAAGCUAUCAAUUAUCACGAACAGUCACUGAAGAUGAGGAAAGCUAUCUAUGGCGAAACAACGCCACAUCCCAGCAUUGCUUCAUCACUAAACAACAUUGGGGUAGUUGGAGUGAGCUUGGCGAUCAGAAGAAAGCUAUUGGUUAUUACGAACAGUCAUUGCAUAUGAGGAAAGCUAUCUAUGGUGAAGGCAGAGUACAUCCAGACAUUGCUGAAUCACUUAAUAACAUUGGUAAAUGUUGGGAAGUACUCGGUGAUCACAGUAAAG